AUGGGCAAUAACUGCUACUAUCAGAUCAUAAUCGUGGCGGUGGCGAUCGGCGGUAACAUUUUCAGCUGGCCCACGACGGAAGCCGUUCGUUAUGUGCCCAAAUGGAAGAAACAGGCCUGCGAGCUGCCGUCUGCGCAGAACGAAUACUCACACUACGUGUGCGACGACAAUGGCGACGUAAAAUGCUUGCCCGGUUGGACUGGAGAUCUGUGUGACGUCCCGAUCUGCAAAAAGGGAUGCGAUCCUCUGAACGGUUACUGUAAGCGACCGAACGAGUGCCGCUGCAAGCUAGGUUUCUACGGAGACAAUUGCAAUCGCUGCAUUCCACUGCCCGGUUGUCAGCACGGCGGUUGUCAGAUGUCCUUCGAAUGUGUCUGUCACAAAGGUUGGGAUGGAAUUUUCUGUUCCGAACCAACGUGCCGAGAAGACUGCCAUCCUUCGCGUGGAUAUUGUGAGAAACCUGGUGAAUGCCGCUGUCGUCUGGGUUGGUCGGGGCCAACUUGCCGGGACUGUCAAGUCCUACCAGGAUGCCAGCAUGGAACGUGCACGAAACCGUUGGAGUGUAAAUGUCUUCCAGGUUGGACCGGAAUUCUAUGUCAAACGCCAAUUUGCACCACUAACUGCAGUCGGGACCACGGAUACUGUCGCCGUCCCGGCGAAUGCCGCUGUCGUGUUGGUUGGAUGGGAGAUGAAUGCGGCAAAUGCCACCCGUAUCCAGGUUGUAAAAACGGUGACUGUCGAAGACCGUGGGAAUGCAACUGCCGACCAGGUUGGGGAGGAAUGCUGUGCGAUGAAGAACUAAACUAUUGCGAAAAGAAUCCGAACACUUGCCAGAACGGUGGAAAGUGCACCUCUCUAAUAAAGGCUGACGGCUUCUAUCGCUGCGAGUGCCCAUCUGGCUACAAGGGAGCCAACUGUGAAAUUCUGCCCCCUUCGAUGACUGUCAGUUCGACGACUACGACAGCCGCUACUACGAGCACUACCGAGCUGCCUGACAGUAACGAGGAGCAAGAGAACGAACAAAUGACCAGUUUGAGGCUGCAGAUCGGUAACGUGACGACUCAGUUUCCCGCCGACGAUGAUCUGAGCGAUGAGUUCAGCGCUGAAGAUGUUGACAAUGAAGCCUAA